UUGGUAUUAGCCAGAAGGCCACUUGGUAUUCACGCACCACAAUUAAUGUUUCGUAAUGACAUAGUUUAAUAAUUUGCCUAAACAUACCGAGAAAACAUGGUUCUAACCAAGGAAUAUAGGAUCUGCAUGCCACUGACCUGCGAGGAGUAUCAAAUAGGGCAGCUGUAUAUGAUAGCGCGCCACAGUUUGGAGCAAACCAGUGGUGACGGAGAGGGAGUGGAGAUAGUAACAAACGAGCCCUGCGAAGACCCGGAGCAUGGAAAAGGCCAGUACACAGAAAAAAGGAUUCAUUUAUCCAGUCGACUACCUUACUGGAUACAAUCCAUUUGUCCACGCGUGUUUUAUGUGACAGAAAAAUCUUGGAAUUUUUUCCCUUUCACCAAAACAGAAUAUACAUGUUCCUUUGUACCGAAACUAAAUGUGUCGAUACAAACCAAGUACGAAAACAAUAAUGGAAGCUCCGACAAUUGUCUACAUUUAAGUGAAGAAAAACUAAAUAGUCGAAUUAUUGAAAGUAUUGACAUUGCGUUUGAUGAACUGGUCAACAACAAACAUUACAAGAGAGAGGAAGAUCCAAAAUUUUUUAAGUCAACAAAAACAAAUCGCGGACCGUUAGUGGAAGGUUGGCGUGAAACUGAUAAACCGAUUAUGUGUUCCUAUAAACUCGUAGAUGCUUCAUUCGAAGUAUUUUUGUUGCAAUCAAAAGUCGAAGAUUUUAUUCAAAGAUCCAUUCGCGAUGUCUUGCUGCUUGGCCACAGACAAGCUUUUGCAUGGGUGGAUGAAUGGUUCGGGAUGACCAUAGAAGACGUGCGUGCGUACGAACGAAAGAUUCAGGAAGAAACCAAUAAUAAAUUAAAACAACCCAAUGGGAUCGCCGAAAAUGGAGCCGCAAAUAAUACAUGUGACAAUUCAUUGGAAAAGGGUGCACCUGAAGAGGCACUUAGUACAAGCUUAGAAAACAACGGUUAGCAGUAAGCGGGAUUCCCACACAUACGUAUAUAUUGGUGUAUAGUUCCCGAAAAAUAGUUGUUUAUUAGCAUUAAAGUCAAUCUCAGGAAAUCCAUAAAAGAACGUCAGUCUUAGAAUGGCUUCAACCAAAAUGUUAAUAGUUGAUGUACCUACACAAUUUUAUAAGAAGCUCAAGAUAGGUCUGUGAAAAAAAAAACAAAAUUUGUUUGUUUCCUUCCCUUUUCGUUUUAUAAGCGCACUCGCCAUAUACAUAGUACAUAC